UCUUGCCGCCCUUCUGUGAUCUGGAUUUUUUAAUCAAGGUCAAAUUCGGGACCCUGACAGCACAGAAUGACGGAAGGAAAAGUAUCCCGACUGAACUCCAAAUUUUCGUCCUGACUCAAACUUUUCAAGCGGUGACACGGGAAGCCUGACACUAACGAGCACUCCAAAAUGCUCUCACAAUGCAACAUUGCCGCUCGAAGGGCAAGCUGCAUAGCCCAGUCUCGCCAAUCCUUUAGAAGAUCUUAUGCCAAAGCAGCCAUUUUGAAACCUGGCGAUCAACUUAAAGGCUACAAAGUGACAGAGACCCGCACCGUCCCAGAACUGCAGUUAACAGCUAUACAGCUUCAGCACGAAAAGACCGGCGCAAAACACCUUCAUGUAGACAGAGACGACUCGAAUAAUGUUUUCGCCGUUGGUUUUUCAACGCCUGUAUCCGAUAGCACCGGUGUUCCUCACAUCUUGGAACAUACAACAUUGUGUGGAAGUCAAAAGUACCCAGUUCGAGAUCCUUUUUUCAAAAUGCUCAACCGGAGCCUUGCUACGUUCAUGAAUGCCUUUACUGCCUCAGACUACACAAUAUAUCCAUUUGCAUCCGCAAAUGAAGUCGACUUCAAUAAUUUGAGAAGUGUGUAUAUGGAUGCAGCCUUCUUCCCGCAUCUUCGUAAAUUGGACUUUAAACAGGAAGGCUGGCGCUUGGAGCAUGAAAAUCCUACGGACAACACGUCACCAAUUGUGUUCAAGGGAGUGGUUUAUAAUGAGAUGAAAGGACAAAUGUCGGAUUCUAGUUACUUAUUUUAUCAGAGAGCGCAACAAGAAAUGUUUCCGGGAACAACAUAUGAGAACGUCAGUGGUGGAGAUCCCAAGAACAUCACUGAUUUAACACAUGAAGGACUGGUUCAAUUCCAAAAGACCUUUUAUCAUCCUUCGAAUUCCCACUUCUAUACCUACGGAAACUUGCCGCUAGAGCAACAUUUGGAAGCCAUCGAUGCGCAGAUCAGAAACUUCGACCCAAUCAACGUUCCCAACGUUAACAAACUCGUCACACCAUGGGAUGGCCCAAGAGAGAUUGUUUUACCGUGCGCAGCUGAUCCUUUUGGAAAUAGUGAAAAGCAGACCAAGCUCUCGCUCUCCUACCUGACCAAUAAUUCAACAGACGUCUUUGAGACAUUUGCAAUGCGCCUCAUGUCAUACUUGAUGUUGGACGGCCAUGCUUCACCAAUGUACAAAGCCUUGAUCGAAAGCGGGCUCGGCGCAGAAUUCUCGGCCAACACAGGUUACGAUUCUUCCACUAUGCAAAGCUGCUUUUCGGUUGGGCUUCAAGGAAUUAAGUCGAGCGAUAUUGAUACGAUCAAAAGCACAAUCCAAGAAGUUUUUGAAAAGGCACACCAAGAAGGCUUUGAUCACAAUAGAGUUGAGGCUGCUUUGCACCAAAUGGAGCUUAGUCGCAAGCAUAAAACGGCGGAUUUCGGAUUGAGUAUUAUGCACGGCGUGUCCUCGGGAUGGUUCAAUGGCACAAACCCGGCCGAUCUCUUGGAAAUCAAUACCUACAUUGAUCGUCUUAGAAAGGAAUUGGCACAAGGAGGGUUCUUUGAGUCAAGAAUUGAGAAAUACCUGCUCAACAACCAGCACAAAUUGACUUUUGUUAUGGAGCCUUCGACAACUUUUGCAGCUGAAUUGUCCAAAGAAGAGCAGGAGAGGCUGGAAUCAAAGGUUUCAGCAUUGACUGAGAGUGAUAAGAAGGAAAUCGAAGAGCGUGGAUUGGAGCUGCUUGCCAACCAGGACAAAACUGAGGACUUGUCCUGCCUGCCUACGCUGACUUUGAAUGAUAUCCCACUCAAAGGAAAGCGCACCCCUCUUGAACACACAGCAGUUGGGGACACACCGGUCCAAUGGCGUACAGCAGCGACGAAUGGUAUCACUUACUUUAGAGCCAUCAGCACUUCGACUGGAAUCCCCCCUGAACUUCGAGUAUACCUUCCCUUGUUUUGCGAUGCACUGACAUCGUUGGGCACAAAAACCAAAGACAUGGCUAUCAUUGAUGAAGAGAUUCGCCUCUUCACUGGUGGUCUGAAUGCCAGUACGUUAGUGUCCACCAGUCACUCCGACCUCGAUCAUAUUGAGGAGGGCAUUGCUUUGACUGGAAACUGUUUGGAUCGUAAUAUCGACAAAAUGUUUGAUAUUCUGGAGACUUUAGUGCACGAGACCAACUUUGAUGAUGCUCAAAAGCUUCGCACGUUGAUUGCCAUGAAUGCAGCUUCCAUGGUCAACCAGGUGGCGAGUUCAGGACAUGCAUAUGCUCGCCGUUAUGCAAGCUCGACUCUCACCCCUGCCAUGAGCCACUCUGAAGUCUAUGGCGGUAUGACUCAAGUUGACUUUAUGAACAAACUUGCCAGCACUGAAGACCUUUCGGAUGUGAUUUCCAAACUUAAGUUGAUCGGUAGUUUGGUGCUCAAGCAAUCAUCAUUGCGAGUAGCUGUUACAUGCGACGACGAGGUUGUAGGCAAAAAUGAACAAGCAUUGACAAAGUUCCUGUCAAGUCUCUCCAAGGACUCUGUGUCAGUACCCUCAGAGCCAAAUGUCUUCGUCCCUCAAUAUGGUAAAACCUUCUUUCCGUUACCGUUCUCGGUCAACUUUUCAGCCAAAGUACUUCGCGGGGUUCCGUAUACCCAUCCCGAUGGCGCCAAGCUUCAAGUCGUCUCAUCCCUUAUGACAUCGCACUUCUUACACCGUGAGAUCCGUGAGAAAAAUGGUGCUUAUGGCGGCGGUGCUCAAUAUGCUGGUCUUAACGGACUGUUCUCAUUCUAUUCGUACCGUGAUCCUAAAACUUUGGAAACCAUUGAUACUUACUCCAAGGCGGUUGAUUGGAUUGCUAAACGGAAAUUUACGGAGCAAGAGAUGACUGAGGCCAAACUUUCCAUUUUCCAAGGCGUAGAUGCUCCCAUCAGCGUAUCUCAAGAAGGCCUUCUUCAAUUUACCGACGGUAUAUCCGACGACAUUCGUCAAAGGCGUCGUGAGCAGCUAUUGAAUGUGACAGAAGAAGACGUUAAACACGCAGCACAUCAGUACCUAGCUGUACCUAGCGAAACUAAGCAGUAUUCUUUGGCUAUUCUUGGAGAACAGACGGACAAGAUCAGCAGCGAGCAUGGUUGGAAUAUUCGCAGUUGGGGGGAUGCACCUGUAACUCCGAGCACUCCUGCCGAAGAAGCCUCUAAAUAGUCCAUGCAUUCUUGGAUCAAGUAGUGCACAAGACAUUUCAAGAGUCAUCCGUCCGAGCGACUAUCCCAAAAAAAAAAUUCUGUUUUUAAAGAAAUCAUACGUUGUUCCAUCUAGACAUAAAAUGCAAAUUAUCCCAUAGGACCUAAUCUUUCAGAGAUAUUCAAGGUAGCGAGUGAGAGUGAUGGUGAACAUUGAUUCAUUGUAAUAUACAGCGAAUUCCCAAUGAUCGUGUCAUUUCAGCUUACC